AAAACGGUGUUAAACGAAAGUGAAUUAGCAAAAGAAUUUAUUGAUAAAACACCAAAUUGGGAUGUAGAAAGAAUAGCUGAAUUGGAUACGAUAAUUUUAAAAAUGGCAAUUUGUGAGUUUUUGAAAUUCCCAUCAAUUCCUUUGAAAGUUACUAUUAAUGAAUAUUUAGAACUUGCAAAAGAAUACUCAACACCAAAAAGUAGUCUUUUUAUUAAUGGAAUUUUAGAUAAUCUAUUAGCAUUAAUGUUUGGUGUUUUAUAUCUUUUUAUGAUUUUACCACAACAACGAAAAGCCAAAAAAGAGAAAGAGUUUGAAAGUAGUUUAAAAGUUGGUGACAAAAUUAUCACUAAAAGUGGUUUUCAUGGUAAAAUUGCUGAAUUAGCUGAAACUACAGUUGUUAUUGAAACAAUGUCAGGAAAAUUAAAAAUGGAAAAGUCUGCUAUAUCUCUUGAUAUGAGUGCUGCUUUGAACAAGAAAGCA